AUGGCUGCUGCAAGGGAUAUCAAGGACUCGAGAUUUGCUCGUUCUCCGGUUACAAGAUCUACCCUGCCAAGGACCUUCCGUUUCAUCAACGGCAAGACCGAAUCCUACUUUUUGCAGCGUUUGAGCCCUCGCAAGAUCCGCUGGACCCAAAUUUACCGUCGCGUCAACAAGAAGGGUAUCUCUGUUGAGGUCCGUGCCAAGCGCACUCGCCGCACUGUCAAGCACGAGCGUGCCGUUGUUGGUGCCUCUUGGGAAGAAAUCCGUGCUAAGCGUACUGAGAAGCCUGAAGCUCGUGCUGCUGCUCGUCAAGCUGCCAAGGAUGCUAAGAAGUCCUCCAAGCCUGCUGCUGCCAAGAAGGCUUAA